GUUGCUCGCGAACGGUCGGCCGCUCAUCUGCUCCUCGUUUUGUGUACCUUGUGCUCGCGAACUCGCACCGUUGUUCACCGUUGUGGUUUCGCCCAACGCGGUUCGUCGCUUUCCGCUGUUCCUGUGUCUUAUCAUUCUAAAGUCCGUGUGCCGUGCGUGCUCGCGAGUGUGUGUUUGGGUGUUUGCAUUUUUAGUAAAGUAAGUGCCGUGUCCGUGCUUUUUGGGGGCGACGGCAUCGACGGUACUGACCGUUUUGCUGAAGAGGAGGCCCGAUACGCUGCUGUGCCCGAUUAUCGCCAUCCAUCGGUCCGUCCGUCAGUCGGCGAAGGAGUUAUCGUAGGCGAACGCGAUGGACGCAGAAUCGGAGGGUAUCCCACCGGUGGCCACGGGCAGUGGUGGUCCAGUGCCAGCGACGGAACCAGAAUUCGAUUUGGCUGCCCGACGCAAACUCUUCAUGUCUCAACCAUCGACCGUAGCGAUUCGACGCCAGCAGGCGGUUUGUGUCCGGCGGGCACACAAGAUCUACGGCACCAAAAAGAACCCGAACGUCAUUCUGGACGGACUCAACAUGACAGUGCCGAAGGGAUCCAUUUACGGUUUGCUCGGUGCAUCGGGCUGCGGGAAGACCACCCUCCUGUCAUGUAUCGUCGGUCGACGGCGACUGAAUUCCGGAGAGAUUUGGGUGCUGGGCGGUAGACCGGGUUCACGUGGAUCCGGUGUGCCCGGACCCCGUAUCGGUUACAUGCCCCAGGAGAUCGCACUGUACGGUGAGUUCACGAUCCGCGAGACGCUCAUCUACUUCGGCUGGAUCUACGGCAUGACGACGGAGCAGGUGGACGAGAAGACGGACUUCCUGUGCAAGCUGCUGCAGCUACCGAACGCGUCCCGUUUCGUGAAGAACCUUUCAGGUGGCCAGCAGCGGCGCAUGAGUUUAGCGGCCGCCCUACUCAACCAGCCCGAGUUGCUGAUCCUCGACGAACCGACGGUCGGUGUGGAUCCGGUGCUGCGCCAGAGCAUCUGGGAUCACAUGGUCGAGAUCACCAAGUCCGGCAACACGACCGUCAUCGUGACGACGCACUACAUCGAGGAAACGCGCCAGGCCCACGUCAUCGGACUGAUGCGCGGUGGCAAGUUCCUGGCCGAGGAAUCACCGGCCGAUCUCCUUGCCCACUACCAAGCGGAAUCGCUCGAGGACGUCUUCCUGAAGUUAUCGGUGCUGCAGAACAUGGGCAAACGAAGACGCUCGUCGAUCGCACAGGAAGUGGUCGAGAAUGUCCGGAUACCGGCGAUCAGCAAUCCGGCGCUCGAUCUUUCGCCCGAGGAGGAUCACGGUGAGAUAUCGGGUGAGUUCGGGGACAACAUCUCCAUGUCAUCGCGGGGACCGGACGCGGUGACGCCGGAAAUUCAGGCCCCACCACUACCACCGGAAGAGGAGACAAAGGCUUCGUUCACGGAUCACAUGAAGUUCAUUAAACCGAACCACAUGAAGGCACUGAUCUGGAAGAACUUCCUCUGGAUGUGGCGCAAUGUCGGUGUAAUGGCGUUCAUCAUCGGUUUACCGGUGGCACAGAUCAUUCUCUUCUGCUGGGCUAUCGGGCACGAUCCGGUCGGGUUGAAGCUGGCCGUGGCGAACUACGAACUGGAGGAGGCCGGCUAUGGACUACAGGAGUGUCCGGUGUUUACCGGUUGCAACUACACGCUGCUUAGCUGUCGGUAUAUGGAGUUUUUGAAAAAUCGGAGCGUGGUGUUGGAACUGUUCCAAAACGAGGACGCGGCACUGAACGCUGUGAGCCGAGGACGGGCCUGGGGUGCCCUAGUGUUUGCCUCCAACUAUUCCGACUCUCUAGUCGAGCGUACCGAGCGUGGACGGGAUGUGGACGAUUUUACCAUCGAGUCCGCCAACCUUGCCGUCACUAUGGACAUGUCCAAUCAACAAAUCGGAACCCUACUAUACCGGGACAUCCAGUAUGCGUUCUUCGAUUUCAUCGAAAACAUUCUGGAGUCGUGCGAGGUGAACCCUUCGAACGGUCGCAUUCCCUUCCAGUGGAACAGUCCAAUCUACGGCGAGCGGACACCCAACUUUACCGACUUUGCCGCUCCGGGUGUCAUUCUGACCAUCAUCUUCUUCCUGUCCGUAGCGCUGACGUCCGGCGCUAUGUUGAUCGAGCGCAAUGAGGGCAUCCUGGAGCGUUGCCUCGUGUCCGGUAUCACCGGUGUCGAGAUUCUGUUCUCGCACGUCACCACCCAGUUCCUGGUGAUGUGCUUCCAGACCGCGCUGGUCAUGGUGUUCAGUUUCUCCGUCUUUCAUCUCACCAACCGGGGCGAUAUCGUUUGGGUGGUCCUGCUAACCAUCCUCACAGGGCUCUGUGGAAUGUGUUUCGGUUUCGUGGUGUCCUGCUCGUGUGAAAAUGAGCGUUCCGCUACGUACAUGGCGAUGGGUAGCUUCCUGCCGAUCGUUAUGCUUUGCGGCAUUAUCUGGCCGAUCGAGGGCAUGCACCCGUUGGUGCGAAUCUUCUCCGUCUUCCUGCCACUCACCAAAUCGACGGAAUCGCUACGUUCGAUACUGCAGCGCGGUUGGCUGAUCGAGGACCCGAACGUCUACAUCGGUUUCGCUUCGACGGCGAUCUGGAUUGUGAUCUUCCUCACCAUCAGUAUACUGUUGCUCAAGUUUAAGAAGGGAUAAAGGAACUACAAUGGAAAUAGGCAAUAGGGCAUACCACCGUGAGGGCGGUGAGGGAAAGGGGAAAACGGGGGUAAUGGGAAGCCACUGUUACCAGGCGCGAGCUGUCAAAUCGUGUGAAUCGUGUGAUCGUGCUGCAUGAGAGGCGUACGCUAUCGGGACUGGCGCAAAUGGUAUGAUGCGCGCACACGUUUUCGAUUGCCUAAGGUCAGCCGCCACAAGGGAUGCUAAGUCAGGGAACUUUCUACGUUAAAUGUGUGCUUGUGUGCUUGUGUGUGUGUGUUUGUGUUCGCGUGUGUGUGGGGAGCAGUGUGUGAGAUUGUGGAUGCGAAUCCGCACAUGGAUCAAAUGACAUGCUUGGUGUCGUCGAUUGGCACCGUAAAUGAUACCGAAGUGAAAUCUGGUGCUUACCGAAUGGGUGGUUGCUUGCACUGCACUGGUCCGUUCCGUUCGCCCAUAUAUUUAUGACAAUUUUAACCAACUAUUGCUCUCCUCACAAUACGACCCCAUAGUUCCCAGCGUUGCGUGGUUCAUCUUCACCGUUGUAUCCCCUGGCCAACAACAAAUCAAAUGCGAAAUAUAAAGGAUUAAGUGCCGCCACCUUGCGCUUCACCAUGCGGAAACAGAGAAAACAAAUAGCUAGGUAUUUGGUUGUAAGGUAUUUAAGGCAGGCUUAUAGGGAAUAAAGUAAAUCAAAUUUACA